GUGGGGCUAGAGCUGGGCCGGGGGCGCGUCCCGCUUUGGGGUCCCCGAGCCUGACGCACUCCGCCGACUGCAGCCUGCUCGCGGGCCAGGCAUGGGGAGGCGCUGCUGGCCGCGGCGCUUGCUGGCGGCCGCGUGUUUCGGCGCCGCAUUGUUGCUCCUGGGCGCCGCGCCCCGCGCCCUGCGCCCGGCAUUUGAAAAUGGGGCCCUGGCUUCUGGCUGGCUUGGUUGGAAGAGGAGGAGUCCCCUGCAGAUGCUCUAUGACCUGGACCAGGUAGGUGGCCAGAUCUCUGCCCAGGGGUGCCCCCCUCGCCCGAGAGCCCCAGGCCUGCUCUACUGCUACGUGCCCAAGGUGGCCUGCACCAACUGGAAGCGCGUGCUGCUUGCACUGAGCGGCCACGCCAGUGGCGACCCGCAAGCCAUCCCCGCGCACGAAGCCCACGUGCCAGGCCGCCUGCGCUCGCUGGCCGACUUCAGCCCUGCCGAGAUCAACCGGCGCCUGCGCGCCUACCUGGCCUUCCUCUUCGUGCGCCAGCCCUUCGAGCGCCUGGCCUCCGCCUACCGCAACAAGUUCGCGCGGCCCUACAGCGCGGCCUUCCAGCGGCGCUACGGCACGCGCAUUGUGCGGCGCCUGCGGCCGCGUCCACACCCCGACGCGCUGGCCCGCGGCCACGACGUGCGCUUCGCCGAGUUCCUGUCCUACCUGCUGGACCCGCGCACGCGCCGCGAGGAGCCCUUCAACGAGCACUGGGAGCGCGCCCACGCGCUCUGCCACCCCUGCCGCCUGCGCUACGACGUCGUGGGCAAGUUCGAGACGCUGGCCCAGGAUGCGGCUUUUGUGCUGGGCCUGGUGGGCGCGCCCGGCCUGCGCUUCCCCGCGCCGCCGCCCCAGGCCAGGGCGGCUGCAUCCCGGGACCAGGCUGCACAGCUCUUUCGGGACAUCAGCCCCUUCUACCAGCGGCGCCUCUUCGACCUCUACAGGAUGGACUUCCUGCUCUUCAACUACUCCGCCCCCUCCUACCUGCGGCUGCACUAGGCCACAGGGCUGGCGGCAAUCCGGCCACCAGGUUGCUCUGAGGUCUGGGGCGGGGCGGGGCAGGAGAAUAUGCGUGCAUGGCGGCCUCCAGGAGAUGCUGGUUCUGCCGUCUGGGACUCCACUGCUCCCGCUCUUCCCAGCUCCGCCAGCCCACCUGGCCUACAUCACACCUGGCCGGGUUUGGCCUCAGCCACCUCAGGUGGCUCUACACCUUGGCCUGCCUGUCACUUGCUGCUUGCUUUCCCUAACUGGUCCAAUUGGCAGGCAUUUCUCCAGGACCCCUGGGUAGGGGAGGACUGAAUAACUGGUAUUUUUUAGUUU